UUAACGAGGUGUGUGGUGCUGGCGCCGGUAAUGUGGCGCCGCGGCGCGGUGGGAGCAGGAACUAGUUCGAGGGCAGCCCUCGGUCAAAGACUCGGUGGAUCAGUGGUCGGCGCGGUGCUGGCGGCGGCCGGACGUGGGGUCGAGGUUCAAGAGUCUGCCGCCAGGAUGCAGGACGGCUCGUCGAGCGCUGACAGCGAGGAGGAGGACAUGGGGCGGGGUCGCGGGCGCUGGGAGAAGGCGGUGACGAAGGCGGCGGGGCGCAAGGACCGCCUCCUGGAGAAGCAGUGCUCGGGGCAGGACCUGCUGGAGGACCUACACUCGGGUCGCGACCUCGCGCGCUGGGAGCCGGAGACGUGUGUGCAUCUGCUCAGCAUCCCGUCCACCCGCAACUUCACCGCGCUCAGGAAGCUCAUCCGGAGGUCCUCGCAACAGUGGAUAGUGGACUUCGUGGAGGCGGACGGGCUGGGCAUGCUGCUGGAGAACCUGGAGCAGCUGGGCCGCAGUCGCACGGCCUCCGUGGGCGACGCCGUGUCGCAGCUGGAGUGCGUGCACACCGUGCGCGCAGUCAUGGAGUGCGAGCCCGGCCUGCGCUUCAUCUCCGAGCACCCCGACUACACCCGCAAGCUGGUCUCCGUGCUGUCGUCUCGCAGCACGACGGUGAAGCUGCAGGUGCUGGAGAUCCUGUGUGCCAUCUGCCUGGUGUCUCCCCGGGGGCAGCCCCUGGCGCUGGACGCCCUGCAGCAGUACAAGGCGACCCACGGGCUGAGGCACCGCCUGGAGGUGAUCAUGUCGGAGCUGCGGGGCGCGGACAACAGCACCUACCAGAGCGUGCUGCUGGCGUUCAUCAACUGCCUGAUCCUGGCCUGCGAGAACGUCACCGACCGCUCCCGGAUACGGAACGAGUUCCUGGCGCUGGGGCUGGGGGAGCUGUUGGUGGGACUGCGCUACUGCGACGACGACGCCGUCUACACGCAGGUGAAGGCAUUCGACGAGCACCACCACGCCGACCAGGAGAUCCUGCAGGACGGCCAACUGUCGCCCCAGCAGCUGUUCGACGAGGUGUGCGCGCAGGUUGUCAACUCUCCGCAAGGUCUGAUGUUCCACUCGAUUCUCCUGAGCCUCUCGCAGCUGGAUCCAUCCAACCCUGACACUGAUGAAGUGUGGAGAAACAUAGAAGACAUGGUCAGUGAAACUGUCUACGAAAUGAGGACAAAGAAGUACAAACAGAAAGUGCGCGGUAAGGCUGGAGAAGUACCAACAUCAAGCAGCAAGAGCACACAAACGCCCAAACGACAGUGGAGGAAGUAUGUCCGCACAAGGAACAUGUACACGCAGACAGACAACACUAGACGAGACAGCAUGACCACUAUCACAAUGGACAAAACAACUGAUGAAUGUAAAAGUCAAAAUAACAAAACCAAAAGUCUUAAAGACACCAACUUGCAUUCAUUAUCCAGUGAAUCACGUCAAGCUAUGCUAUGCACUGAAAAUGUUAAGUGUGUGGAACAAAAUUCUCCACCACUGCCAGCUUCAAAAAAUGCUGUUGUGACAGCAUGUAAGAUCACACCACAACCUGCACCUCCAAUGCCUGGAAGCAUGGUGCCACCUGCACCUCCAAUGCCUGGAAGCAUGGCGCCACCUGCACCUCCAAUGCCUGGAAGCAUGGCGCCACCUGCACCUCCAAUGCCUGGAAGCACGGCGCCACCUGCACCUCCGAUGCCUGGAAGCACAGCACCACCUGCACCUCCGAUGCCUGGAAGCACGGCACCACCUGCACCUCCGAUGCCUGGAAGCACGGCACCACCUGCACCUCCGAUGCCUGGAAGCACGGCACCACCUGCACCUCCGAUGCGUGGAAGCAUGGCACCACCUGCACCUCCGAUGCCUGGAAGCAUGGCACCACCUGCACCUCCGAUGCCUGGAAGCAUGGCACCACCUGCACCUCCGAUGCCUGGAAGCAUGGCACCACCUGCACCUCCGAUGCCUGGAAGCAUGGCACCACCUGCACCUCCGAUGCCUGGAAGCAUGGCACCACCUGCACCUCCGAUGCCUGGAAGCAUUGCACCACCUGCACCUCCAGUGCCUGGUAGUACAAUACCCUGUGCUCCACCACCAGAAUCUAGCAGCAUGCCGAUGACGGCUGUUGUUGAACCAGUAAUUAAACAAUGUGAGGCAUCCAAGUUUCACUCGUAUCCACCUUGCAGGAGAAAAAUGAAGAGGCUCAACUGGAACAAACUACCAAAUACUAUUUUAAACGGGGAAUCGGUGUGGACGGAGGCUGUCCGGUCGAACUCCGUGCGGGCUCAGAUCGACUUCAAGAAGAUGGAGGAGCUGUUCUGCCAGAAGACGGCGGCGCCCCGCCCGCAGUCCGCCCCCGCCAAGCUGUCCUCGGAGCCCCGGGUGCACGUCUUGGACGGCAGGCGCAGCCUCAGCGUCAACAUCUUCCUGAAGCAGUUCAAGCAGUUCAAGGCCGUGGGGGAGGCGGCGGGCGUGGUGGACGCCGUGCGAUGCGCGCGCAGCUCGCAGCUCGGCACGGAGGGGCUCAGGAGCCUGCUGAAGCUGCUGCCCGAGAAGGAGGAGCUGGAGCAGCUGAGGCCGUACGCCGCGAGCCCCGGGGCGCUGGACACGGCCGAGAAGUUCUUCCUGAUGCUGUCUGCCGUGCCGUGCUACGCCCUGCGCAUCGAGGCAAUGCUGCAGAAGGAGGAGUUUGAGGCGCAGCUGGCGGAGGUGAGGACCCGCGUGCAGUCCCUGGCGAGCUGCUGCCAGGACCUGGUCCUCAACAAGCCCCUCAAGGACUUCCUGGCGCUGAUCCUGCACACGGGCAACUACCUCAACGCAGGCAGCUACGCGGGCAACGCGGUGGGCUUCAGGCUCAGCACGCUGCCCAAGCUGCUGGACACUCGGGCCAACAAGCCUCGGCUCACCUUCCUGCACUACGUCGUGGAGGAGGCGGAGCGCAUCGACCGCAACGCCCUGCGCUUCGUGGUCGACCUGGCCCGCACGCUCGACGUGGCCAGACUGCCGCUGGACGGACUGCAGGACGAGGUGAGACUCCUGGUGAGCAGCGUGACUCAGCUGCACGACAAGCUCCGGGCGGACCAGGAGGUGUACUCCCAGUUCCAAGGCUUCAUGGAGAGUGCGCUGAAAGACGUGUCUGCGCUGGAGGAAGACGCGCGGAAGCUGCAGGAGUCGUGGACCAAGUUCGCGCUGCACUUCUGCGAAGACCCGGUCAAGUCCAAGCCGGAGGAGUGCUUCAGGACUCUCAGCGAUUUCUUCAGGAAGAUCUCGACGGCCGUGAAGGAGAACUCUCAACGCCGCAAGUGUGAAGAGAAAGCAGCUCUCCAGGACGUGCAGAAGCCGCUGGCUCGGAAGGCGGUCGCCCGGACGAAGCAGCCGCGUGCGGACGACACCUGCAUCAUGGACCGCCUGCUGGACGAGAUCAGGAAGGGAGACUACAAGCUGCGCAGCGCCCCGCGCUGAGAGCGCCGUGCCACGGCCGUUGGAUGGUGAAGCUGGCACGUGGCCUACUGUCGCAGCACUGAAGCGCCGUGCCACGGCCGUUGGAUGGUGAAGCUGGCACGUGGCCUACUGUCGCAGCACUGAAGCGCAUCGUGUCGCACAGGCCAAGCAGCGAAUCGGCAAUGAUGCCGACGACCUGUAGAUGCAGCAUCGCUCGACGGAUGAUGGAGUGGUUGAGCAGACAACACACGUGUCCAGUGCUCCUCAGAGUGACACGCCAGGAACGAAGCAGCGACCUUGGCAACUCGACGAGGAAGCUCUGCGACUCCUCCGUGUGUAGAGAUAGAUACACCUGGAACGAUUGCUCUCUGCUGGAGCACAAAUGCCAAAUGGAUGAACUAGCAGAGCCAAGUCCACGCGGUAAUUGUGGAUGGCUUGCCAAGACACUACCUGUUCAGUUCACUACAUCAGUGAAACUGAGUUUGCACGAAUCUCAAUCUAUGUUUACGCAUGAAUCUCAAUGUGUGUUUCAAGUAUGUUGCGGCCUGUGGACCCGCCUGUUGUUUCAUGUUCUAAUGUUUUAGGAUGUGAGUAUGUCUUACCAGUUUCCAUGAAACAAUUUUUAAUAGUAAGUUUGUAAAUACACUAAAAUACCAGAAAAUUUUAUUUUAUAGUGUCAGAACUAUGCUAGACUAUUUUAUACUAUAUUUAAUUUUGUAUACUUACAUUUACUUGUUAUAGAAUUAUAGUUUUUUGUAAAUUUU